AGAGGGGGUAAAAUCUCGAACAGAUCUUGAAAGUGGGUAUUUGGCGCCCUCCACAGGGCUCGAAUGUGGUCUCGUGUGUGCCUCAAUGUGUGGCAGCAACGUUUGUGUAUCGCUCAGCAGCAGUCAGAGCUCGGAAUUACAGUAGCAGUACAUUUUCAUACUACAGGGACAACCAACCAUGGCUGGACUUGAAUAAGAACGCGAGCAAAGCGAUAUUCGAAUUCGCCCAAACGCUUUCCGCAUUUCUAUUUCCCACUCAACUCGCUACUCUUUUGCCUUAUGCAUCGGCGCUCUGCGGAGAAAGGACAGUCAGUGUUGAAAGACUUUACUGGACUCAGUGAGGAGAAGAAGAGAAGAGCAAGACAAUUUUAAAGCAGAAUGGCGGACCGUGAUACUUUACCCCUUCCUUUGGAGGUGCGAGACAGACUUGCUGAGCUGGAACUUGAGUUAUCAGAAGGUGACAUCACACAGAAAGGCUAUGAAAAGAAGAGGUCCAAAUUAAUUGGGGCCUUCCUUCCUAAGGCACCAGGUAAAGGGAUGGAUCCUUCUGUGCCCCACGAGAGGAGAACUCCUGUCACCCCUGGCUCCUCCUCUCGCUACCACCGCCGCCGCUCCUCUGGCUCCCGGGACGAACGCUACAGAUCAGAUGUCCACACAGAGGCUGUGCAGGCGGCUCUGGCCAAACAGAAGGAGCGUGGUAAGAUGGCAGUACCCAUGCCCUCCAAGCGCCGCUCCUUGGUCGUGCAGUCCUCCAUGGAUGCCUACACUCCCCCAGGUGAGGAACAUAUAGGACUCCAAGACACGUCGUCAGGCUCGGAGGAAGAGGGCUCCAUGCAGGGUGAGGGCACACCCACCUCCAGCCAGGGCAGCAUCAACAUGGAGAACUGGAUCAGCAGGGCCAUCCACGGCUCCACCACCUCCUCCACCACCUCCUCCUCCUCCACGCAGAGCGGAGGGAGCGGGGCGGCCAGCCGGCUAGCAGACGUCAUGGGCCAGACACACCUCGGGCCCAUUGCUCACCUCUCUCUGAAGAGGAAAACUAGGAAGGCCCCAGUUCUCCUGGGCACACCAGCCCCAGUCACAGUAGAGAAUGGGAACUCAUGUCCUGGUCCUGUGGUGAGGCGGUCCUGUGAGUUUGGAUCAGGUGGAUCGGAGCUCGUCUGGCAGCAGCCCCCCCUGGAGAAGCAGGAGAACCACUCUACCCCUCCAGAUGUCACCGGCUACACCACAGACUCCAUACAGGUGGAGAGACCCCAAGGCUCCACCACAGCAUCCAGGGCCACGCCCAAAUACGGCAAUGCAGAGCUCAUGGAGACCGGAGAUGGCGUUCCAGUAGGUGGCCGAGUGUCGGCCAAAAUCCAGCAGCUAGUCAACACAUUGAAGAGACCUAAACGGCCUCCCUUAAGAGAAUUCUUUGUUGACGAUUUUGAAGAACUUCUAGAGGUACAACAGCCUGACCCCAACCAGCCCAAAGCGGAGGGGGCUCAGAUGCUGGCGAUGAGGGGGGAGCAGCUAGGGGUGGUCACUAACUGGCCCCCGUCGUUGGAGGCUGCUCUGCAGAGGUGGGGCACCAUCUCUCCCAAAGCCCCAUGCCUCACCACUAUGGACACCAACGGAAAACCACUGUACAUUUUAACCUACGGAAAACUUUGGGUGCGGAGUAUGAAGGUGGCCUAUAACAUCCUCCACAAGCUGGGGAGCAAGCAGGAACCUAUGGUCAGACCUGGAGACCGGGUAGCUCUGGUCUUUCCCAACAACGACCCGGCUGCCUUCAUGGUUGCCUUUUACGGAUGCCUACUGGCCGAACUUGUCCCUGUGCCAAUUGAAGUGCCACUUACGAGAAAGGAUGCAGGGAGCCAGCAGAUAGGCUUUUUGCUGGGGAGCUGUGGGGUGACGGUUGCCUUGACGAGUGACGCCUGCCAUAAAGGCCUUCCCAAGAGCACCACAGGGGAGAUCCCACAGUUCAAAGGCUGGCCAAAGCUACUGUGGUUUGUGACUGAAUCUAAGCACUUAUCCAAACCCCCCAGAGACUGGUUCCCCCAUAUCAAGGAUGCAAAUAACGACACAGCCUAUAUUGAGUAUAAGACAUGUAAGGAUGGCAGUGUGCUGGGAGUGACGGUGAUGAGGAUAGCUCUGCUGACUCACUGUCAGGCCCUCACCCAGUCCUGUGGAUACACAGAAGCUGAGACCAUAGUGAAUGUAUUAGACUUUAAGAAGGACGUGGGGCUGUGGCAUGGUAUUCUCACGAGUGUGAUGAACAUGAUGCAUGUUAUCAGUAUACCCUACUCACUGAUGAAGGUCAACCCACUGUCCUGGAUCCAGAAAGUGUGCCAAUACAAAGCAAAGGUGGCAUGUGUAAAGUCCAGGGACAUGCACUGGGCCUUGGUGGCCCACAAGGACCAGAGGGACGUCAACCUGAGCUCACUACGCAUGCUAGUGGUGGCCGAUGGAUCCAACCCCUGGUCCAUCUCGUCGUGCGAUGCUUUCCUCAAUGUCUUCCAGAGUAAGGGGCUGAAGCCGGAGGUUAUCUGUCCCUGUGCCAGCUCUCCAGAGGCCCUCACUGUAGCCAUCAGGAGGCCGACAGACGACAGUAACCAGCCCCCGGGGAGAGGAGUACUGUCCAUGCAGGGUCUGAGCCACGGAGUCAUCAGGGUGGACUCUGAGGAGAAGCUGUCUGUUCUCACCCUGCAGGACGUGGGCACCGCCAUGCCAGGAGCUCUCAUGUGCGUCGUGAAACCAGAUGGGGUUCCGCAGUUAUGCAAAACAGAUGAGAUCGGGGAGCUGUGUGUGUGUUCUGUCGCCACGGGGACAUCGUACUACGGUCUCUCAGGCAUGACCAAGAACACCUUUGAGGUGUUCCCCAUGAACAGUGUUGGAGCUCCCAUCAGUGAGUACCCCUUCACCAGGACAGGCUUACUGGGCUUCGUGGGUCCUGGGGGGUUGUGCUUCAUCGCUGGCAAGAUGGACGGCCUCAUGGUGGUGGGGGGAAGGAGGCACAACGCUGAUGACAUCGUGGCUACAGCCCUGGCUGUGGAGCCCAUGAAGUUUGUCUACAGGGGGAGGAUAGCAGUGUUCUCCAUCACUGUGUUACAUGAUGAGAGGAUUGUGGUGGUGGCAGAGCAGAGACCUGAUUCUACAGAAGAGGACAGCUUUCAGUGGAUGAGUAGAGUGCUGCAGGCCAUAGAUGGGAUCCACCAGGUGGGGGUGUAUUGCCUGGCCCUGGUCCCCUCCAACACCCUUCCUAAAACCCCUCUGGGGGGAAUCCACCUGUCAGAGACCAAGCAGCUGUUCCUGGAGGGCUCCCUGCACCCCUGCAACGUCCUCAUGUGCCCUCAUACCUGUGUCACCAACCUGCCCAAGCCCCGGCAGAAACAACCAGAGAUCGGGCCUGCCUCUGUGAUGGUGGGGAACCUGGUAUCGGGGAAGAGGAUUGCCCAGGCUAGUGGCAGGGACUUGGGCCAGAUGGAAGACAAUGAUCAGGCAAGAAAGUUCCUCUUUCUCUCUGAGGUGUUACAAUGGAGGGCCCAGACCACUCCGGACCAUGUGCUUUACACACUGCUCAACUCAAGGGGGAUGAUAGCCAGCUCGCUGUCAUGUGUCCAGUUGCAUAAGAGAGCAGAGAAGAUUGCUACCAUGCUGGCGGAGCGAGGACACCUGCAGGACGGGGAUCACGUUGCACUCGUCUACCCCCCUGGGAUUGACCUGAUUGCAGCGUUCUACGGGUGCCUGUACGCGGGCUGUGUGCCAAUCACCGUGCGACCUCCGCACCCUCAGAACAUCGCCACCACUCUGCCCACGGUGAAGAUGAUCGUAGAGGUGAGCCGCUCGGCGUGUAUGAUGACCACAGCGGUGAUCUGUAAACUGCUGAGGUCGAAGGAGGCGUCGGCAGCAGUGGACGUCAGAACCUGGCCUCCUGUCCUGGACACCGAUGAUUUGCCAAAGAAGAAACCUCCUCUGUUGUACAAGCCCUCCAAUCCAGACACACUGGCCUACCUGGACUUCAGUGUGUCCACCACAGGGAUGCUAGCAGGAGUGAAGAUGUCUCACACUGCCACCAGUGCCUUCUGCCGUUCUAUCAAGCUGCAGUGUGAGCUGUACCCCUCCCGUGAGGUGGCUAUCUGUCUGGACCCCUACUGUGGCCUGGGCUUCGUCAUCUGGUGCCUUUGCAGUGUGUACUCCGGCCACCAGUCCAUCCUGAUCCCGCCUUCAGAGUUGGAGGUGAACCCUGCUCUGUGGCUGCUGGCUGUCAGCCAAUACAAAGUCAGGGACACCUUCUGCUCUUACAGCGUCAUGGAGCUGUGCACCAAGGGCCUGGGCCUGCAGACCGAAUCCCUCAAGUCUCGAGGCCUGGACCUGUCACGGGUCAGGACAUGUGUGGUGGUGGCAGAGGAGAGACCCAGGAUAGCUCUGACUCAGUCCUUUUCCAAGCUCUUCAAAGACCUGGGCCUCCACCCACGAGCAGUCAGCACCUCGUUCGGCUGCAGAGUCAAUCUGGCCGUCUGUCUGCAGCCUCACAGGCUGGGGAAGCUUGCUGACCAGGGUACUUCAGGACCAGACCCAACUACUGUGUAUGUGGACAUGAGGGCACUGAGGCACGACAGGGUUCGUCUGGUAGAGAGAGGGUCUCCACACAGCUUACCACUCAUGGAAUCUGGAAAGAUUCUACCUGGGGUUCGAAUUAUCAUCGCCAACCCGGAGACCAAGGGACCACUGGGAGACUCGCACCUUGGAGAGAUCUGGGUGUGCAGUGGACACAAUGCCAGCGGCUACUUCACGGUGUAUGGAGACGAGGCACUGCAGUCAGAUCACUUUAAUUCCCGUCUGAGCUUUGGAGACACACAGACAAUCUGGGCCCGCACCGGAUACCUGGGCUUCCUCAGGAGGACCGAACUGACUGAUGCCAGCGGGGAGCGACAUGAUGCCCUGUAUGUUGUGGGGGCACUGGAUGAGGCCAUGGAGCUGAGGGGAAUGAGGUACCACCCCAUCGACAUUGAGACCUCCGUCAUCAGGACACACAAGAGCAUCACAGAAUGUGCGGUGUUCACAUGGACCAACCUCCUGGUGGUGGUGGUGGAGUUGGAUGGUUCGGAGCAGGAGGCCCUGGACCUGGUGCCCCUGGUGACCAACGUGGUUCUGGAGGAACACUACCUGAUCGUGGGAGUGGUGGUGGUGGUGGACAUCGGGGUCAUCCCCAUCAACUCUCGGGGAGAGAAGCAGAGAAUGCACCUCCGGGAUGGCUUCCUGGCUGACCAGCUGGACCCCAUAUAUGUGGCCUAUAACAUGUAGCCUGUAGCCUGUAGCCUGCCAUCUGUAGACCUACUAGACCAUAGUACAAGGCCUUGUAUGGACAGACAGUGCUUUAUGUACAUACUGCAAUGCAACAGGACCUCUGGUCUCUGACAAGAGCAGGGAGAGAGAUGAGAAGAGGACGUGAGUGCAUAGACCCAGGCGCUCGCUGAUUGUGUGAUGUUGUUGCUAGUUCAAAAACAAAAGCACCUACAAUUGGAAGAGCAGGUGACGGGUUAGUGAAGUGUUGGAUUGGAAUGGGAGGAGCUCCAGAUGAUGAGAGAGGAGAGUCCCAGUCUAGUUCAGAUUCUUGCUUUUUUGGUUGUUGCUUUUGAAGUAAGUGUGUAUAUAUUUUCAUGUUGAGUAUUGCUGAAGUCGCUUGUUUUUUUAAUCUGCCCUCUAAGAGGUUAGGGUAUUUUUUAAGAAUAUUUACAAAUUGUGGCAAAUGCUAUUUUAUGUUUACCUUUUUUAAUAUCAAUCAUUACACAUACAGAUAUGUUUUGAUACAGGACAUAUCAGUGUUGUUCUUGAACUUUACAAUAUGAAGUACAAUAUGUUGUUUUAUGUUUGUUGGUUCAUUUUUUCAACCAAGUUUUUAAUUCUGCGCGAACAUUUAUUUUUCUGUAACAACUGUCCCGACUACAAGGGGAACCAGUGUGAUUAUUUUAACUACAGCAAUCUUUUACUCUGUUAUGUUAAAUAUCAUUAUACAUAAAUUAAAGGAAAACACGUUAUUUCAUAUCAUGUAAGUAUGUACAAAACGGAUUUAAUUUAUUUUGUUCUCUUUAGAAGUAUAUGAGAGAAGACAUUCAAGAAUGUUUUAAUCUUGAAUAUUUGCUAAUAUAAAACAAAGCAUUGUAUUACCUUGAGUGAAUAGUAUCACAUCAAGUAUAUCAAAUAUAGAUCUAUAUUAAUUAAAAGACCUAGGAUUCACUGGCGAGGUCAACGUACAUUGUCUGAAGUGUUUGUAUUUGCGUGUGUGUGUGUGUGUGUGUGUGUGUGUGUGUGUGUGUGUGUGUGCGUGCGUGUGCGCGCAGAGCGACAUGAUGCCCUGUAUGUUGUGGGGGCACUGGAUGAGGCCAUGGAGCUGAGGGGAAUGAGGCACCAUUCAGUACUUCUCACUUGCAUGACGUAGACAGAGCUGAAGUCGUUGCGUUGUUUGAAGGACAUAAAGGGGAGGAAUAUAAGGAUUCAGACUGUCCUCUCAAUAACUGCACACAGACAAAUAAGAGCUCUGAAAGGAUCAAAAGCAAUUUUGGAGAAAUGAUGUGUGUGUGAGGAGGAUGGUACAAACACCUCUGGUGGGAAUGAUGAUAAUGAAUAUGUCUGUGCUGGCGUGUCACACUUGUAUCUGAAACAACAGGUUGUAGAUGGUCACCAGAAUUGUAAAUAGAAAGUUUAGUCCUUCAUAUUUUUGCAUUGAGAGAUCAAUCAGGGCUCCUUAUAUUGAUGUCACCGAGGGGAAAUUAUGAAAAAAUCAUUUUACAGAAACCCUUUAAAGGAAUACAUGUUGGAGCAACUCAAGGUGGAAGAACAGAUUUGGGGGAGCGUGAAACCUUAUCUGUGGGGAAUCAUAUAUGAUUUAAUAUUAAAGUUCAAGGCUAAGAAUGUUUUAGUGAAAAACGUUAGAAUCAUUAAAAGCACUUUCUACACAUUAUUUUUUUUUUUGGCAAGGAUGUCCCUGACAUGUUUUUAAAGAUGAAAUGUCUUAACUGAGUUGGCAUAAGUCUUUCAGUUAAAUAAAUAUUUCAAUGAUUUUGACGAUUAAAUGACAA